GCGAGAGACCCCUGGAAACCCCCGGGAGCUCUCGGAAAUCUCCCCCAAAAUCCCAAAUUUCUGCUCCAAACUUCUGGAAUUGCAGCCAAAGAUGUCCAAGAAGCAGCAGCUCAAAGAUCCCUCGGGGUUCGUGUUCGACUCUUGCUCCGGGGCCGUGCGGGCGCAGGGCGGCGCCUCCGAGAACAUGAGGGAGAAGGUGCAGGCGGUGCGGGCGGUGGUUCCCAACCGCAGCAACACCGAGAUCGUGCUGGUGCUGCAGCACUUCGACAACGCCGUGGACAGGGCAGUGCAGGCCUUCAUGGAGGGCAAUGCCAGUGAGGUGCUCAAGGAAUGGACGGUGACCGGGAAGAAAAAGAACAAGAAGAAAAAACCCAAAGCCAAAGCCCAGCCCGGCCCCUCCCCCACAGCCCCCGGGCAGGAGGAAAAGUUGGAAAAUUGGGAAAAAUUGGAAAAAUUGGAAAAAAAUUUGGGAAUUUCCAUCAAUGGUUUCCAUGGCAACCGCUCCCCAUCCCUGGAGUCGCUCCCUGAGCCCGGGGCAGCCCUGGGCAAUGGAAUCCCAAAUUCUCCUGCCCCGACCCCGACCCGGAGCAGCCCCGGAUCCCCCGGGGGGAGAAAACUGGGGCCCAGCCUGGAGCGCUCGCUGAAGGACCUGCAGCGCUGCUCCGUGGCCCUGGCGCGGUUCAGGGCCCUGCUGAGGGACGAGGUGGAGAAUUCCCUGCGCAGGGUGAAGGGAGCCUUCGGGGAGAUCCAGAGCUGCCUCAUGGACCGGGAGGUGGCUCUGCUGGCCGAGAUGGACAAAGUCAAGGCAGAAGCAAUGGAGCUGCUGUCCCUGCGGCAGCGCCGGGCCGAGGCGCUGCGGGAGCUGACGGAGGCGGCCCCGGGGAUGUCGGAGGAGCAGCUGCAGGAGCUGAGGGCUGACAUCAAGCACUUUGUGAGCGAGCGCAAGUUCGAUGAGGAGCUGGGCCGGGCCGGGCGCUUCGGCUGCGACCUGGAGGCCCUGAGGGGCAGCAUCGGCGCCUUCGGGCAAGUUUCCCACCCCAGGCCCAGCUAUUCCAGCCGCUCCCGCUGCAGCUCCAGCCCCGGAUCCACAGCGGGAUCAGCAGCAAUGGGAUCAGCAAUGGGAUCAACAAUGGGAUCAACAGUGGGAUCAACAACAAUGGGAUCAGCAAUGGGAUCAGCAAUGGGAUCAGCAACAAUG